CAUGGCGGCCCCGGAGCCGGCGCCCAGGCGGGGCCGGGAGCGGGAGAGGGAGGACGAGAGCGAAGAUGAGAGCGACAUCCUGGAAGAAAGCCCGUGCGGCCGCUGGCAGAAACGGCGGGAGCAGGUGAACCAGGGGAACAUGCCGGGGGUCCAGAGCACCUUCCUGGCCAUGGACACGGAGGAGGGAGUGGAGGUGGUGUGGAACGAGCUGCACUUCAGCGACAGAAAGGCCUUCUCUGCACACGAGGAGAAGAUCCAGACCAUGUUUGAACAGCUGGUGCUGGUUGACCACCCCAACAUCGUAAAGCUGCACAAGUAUUGGCUGGAUGCCUCCGAGGCCCGCGCAAGGGUGAGCCACAGGCACAACAGGGGCGGGCGCGGCACCAGCGGGUGGGGCGGCAGUGGGCACCCGCCCAUAGUUGGUAGAGCCGGAGAGCCCGUCCACCCCACAGGUCAUCUUCAUCACAGAGUAUGUGUCCUCGGGCAGCCUCAAGCAGUUCCUCAAAAAGACCAAGAAGAACCACAAGGCCAUGAACGCCCGGGUAUGGAGAGUGAGCGGGGGCGGCGUCGAGGACAGGACAGGGUCAGGGCGCCAUCCGGGAUGGAGAUGGUGUGGGGCGCGGGGCGGCUUCGGGGGACAGGAACGGGGUUGAGCAGGGGUGGGGGAGCGGUUGCGGUGGGGACACCACAGGCCCAGCCGCCUCUCCCCGCCGGUCCGACGGAGUGCGUCCGCUGCCAGGCCUGGAAGCGCUGGUGCACGCAGAUCCUGUCCGCGCUCAGCUUUCUACACGCCUGCAGCCCCCCCAUCAUCCAUGGGAACCUGACUAGCGACACCAUCUUCAUACAGCACAACGGCCUCAUCAAGAUCGGCUCCGUGUGGCACCGCAUCUUCUCCAAUGCUCUUCCGGAUGAUCUCCGAAGCCCCAUCCACGCCGAGCGGGAGGAACUGCGGAACCUGCACUUCUUCCCCCCAGAGUAUGGCGAGGUUGCUGACCGCACCGCCGUGGACAUCUUCUCCUUUGGGAUGUGUGCGCUGGAGAUGGCUGUGCUGGAGAUCCAGGCCAAUGGAGACACCCGGGUUACAGAGGAGGCCAUCGCCCGUGCCAGGCACUCACUAAGCGACCCUAACAUGCGGGAGUUCAUCCUCUCCUGCCUAGCCCGAGACCCUGCCCACAGGCCCUCUGCCCACAACCUCCUCUUCCACCGUGUGCUCUUCGAGGUGCACUCGCUGAAGCUCCUGGCAGCUCACUGCUUCAUCCAGCACCAGUACCUCAUGCCUGAGAACGUGGUGGAAGAGAAGACCAAGUCAAUGGACCUGCACGCGGUCCUGGCAGAGAUCUCCCGGCCCCCCCGGCCCCCCGUACAGUGGCGGUACUCCGAGGUCUCCUGCAUGGAGCUGGACAAAUUCAUAGAGGACGUCAGAAACGGGAUCUACCCACUGAUGAACUUUGCUGCUGCUCGGCCCCUGGGGCUUCCCCGCGUGCUAGCCCCACCCCCAGAGGAGGCCCAGAAGGCCAAGACCCCGACGCCAGAACCCUUUGACUCGGAGACAAGAAAGGUGAUCCAGAUGCAGUGUAACCUGGAGAGAAGUGAGGACAAGGCACGCUGGCAUCUCACUCUGCUUCUGGUGCUGGAGGACCGGCUGCACCGGCAACUCACUUACGACCUGCUCCCAACCGACAGCGCCCAGGACCUCGCCGCUGAGCUCGUGCACUACGGCUUUGUCCACGAGGAUGACCGGACUAAGCUGGCUGCCUUCCUGGAGAGCACCUUCCUCAAGUACCGCGGAGCUCAGUGACCGGGCGCCUGGCGGCCCCCCUGGGGAAGCUGGGUGCCAAGGGUCUGGGAUCAGGGCUGCCUUCUGCCUGUGUGCCUCGGGGCUGAGGACCAAACGCCUGCUAGUGAGGAGCGUCCAUCUGCCUUGCACAGCUGCUGAGAGGCCCUGG